AUAAUAGCCCACGACACUCAACUAAUGUAAGCAACUUUUCCGAUAUAUUAAUUUCCGCGUAAUGAGGAGACUUGUAAUCAUAAUGAUGAGGAAAUUCUGCUUGUUCGAAUGUUAUCGACAGUUUGCACCCUUGAAAUGGCACUGCAGAAAGGAUUUCCACCGCGGAUGGACUAUUUAUUUUUUAUUUCUGCUGAUGACCUUACUAUUUAUUUUAAUUAUUUCGAUGUGGAACACACGAGAGAUUAACAAACUCAUUAAAAAAUUACCCGAUAUUCAUAAUCAGUCACAUGCACUCACUGAAAAUCUAGCUGUUUCUCAUAUAUUCAUUGUUUCUGCAUACUACUAUCCUAUUUCUAAAUCACUUGGUCGAAACGCAAUAGCCGUAAACAUGGUUAUCGAUUCAAAAAAUAGUCAUAUGAAUACUACAAGUCAUUAUUUUGUUGGUUCAAACAAUAGCUACACACAAAAAUCUGUGGCCGUCUUGGAGUCUGAAACUAUUGAAGUAUGUCGUUACGGCUCCGCAGUAGCUAUGGCCACCAUGGUUGAUAACUUGAAUAGGCUGGAAGUUGAAUCAGGUGGAACUAGAUUUGAGAUCCCAUUCAAAAUAGCUCGUUACACUGCUCCUAAACCUGUUAUUUUCUGUAUUUCUCCGCAGUUUGUCGCAGAGCAAUGGGAAAUAUUUGUUUUUCACGUACACGUCGCUCAUCGAUUUGGUGCUCAUAUGAUUAUCUACUUAACAUCAAUUGUCGAUUCAUAUUUUGAACUUAUGCAAGAGUAUGAACGUAUUGGAUACAUAACUAUUGAGAAAUGGUUAAAAAUGAAAUUCAAUAACCCUGAAACACCAUUCUUUGAGCCGAAUUUAAACACAGAAUUAAGAAAUCAAGCAGGAGCACAUGCAGACUGUUUGUUACAGUAUAAGGAAGCGGCACAAUUUAUUUCAUUUUUUGAUAUGGACGAUAUUCUGGUCCCAUUGAACUAUCCGACCUAUUUUCAAGAGUUCACUCAUGAAUUCAAUAAAAAUCCCGGUGCUCGAUCGAUUUUUUAUGGAAGAAGGGAGCACAGGUUUACAAAAGGUGGCAGUUUCUCAAAAUUCAACUUUCAUGAAAUUGUACAAAGUCUGGAAUCUUCCCUCACGAAAGCUCCAAAGCCUGUUAUCAAACCUGAACUUUAUAACAGUAUGGGAAUUCAUGGAAGUAAACGUGACAGAAACCCCAAUAAACAGGCAUUCACUUUAACAGGUGGCCCGUUGAUAACAGUUCCAUCAAUAAUCCAUGUGCAGCGGCCGAUUGGAAAAGAUGGUCCUUCGGAUGUUCAUCAACUUUGGAAAUUCGAAUUUGGUCCAUUUAACGAGACAAUUCAAGACAAUGAUGUGGAAGCAUUAGAAAACGAUAUUUGGAGAAUUCGAAACAUUUCUGCAUUUGCUCAACUUGGCAGUCGCCUUCCAAAUACCGAUUACUUUUUUUCCAUAAUUUUUAAAUGUUACCUGUCAGAAUUUUACAAUCGGCCGUUAUCCAAGUGCCCGAACGCGGAGAGCUGUGAAAUUCCACAAAAUGAAAACUACAAAUGCAUACACACAGACGCAAAAUAUGUUUCCAGUCCCAGUCUUGAGCCAUAUACCUAUCACUUCUACACUGAUGAAUUUUGGUCAAAAUACUAUGGAUGUUAUCAUUAAAUAAAAUUUUU